GUGAGGGGCUCACAACCACACUACCUAACUUUUUUUUUUUCAUCUCGUGGACCCACGUAAGAUAUCCCGCGGCAAGAACAUCCCGUCACAACACGUAGCAAUCGUACUCGUUAUCUAGUGCAACCUUUUAGACUGAAUUGCUAGAUAACAUGAGGUCGAACCUCUUUCUGAUUUUGUUCCUGGCAUUCUGCUGGAACGAAAGUUCCAGAUCCACCUACUUAGUGGGGUCCCACCACGCUAGCAAGACGAGAUUCCUCGCGAAACUUGAGGAUUUCGUCCAAUGCGCCCGGGGCACGUCCAGAAACAAACCUCUGGAAGUCCUCGGCUGCCUCGAACACGUGAAACUGGAAUCGGACCCAUACUGGCAGAUCAUGGUCGAGAACGGCUUGGCACAUCUGGAGAAGGGGGAAUCCGAUAUCGUCGGUGCCAUCCAGGUUUUCCAGCAGAUACGGUCCCUUCUGGAAUCGAAGAAGAUUGACACGGACCUCAACUGGAACCAACUGAAAGGACUCAUCGAGUCCGAGAAAGGUUUUAUCCUGGAUUUUCCAGACGACGAUGAAGGAGGUAGUGGCAGCUACUCGGGUCGUCCAGAUGACGAUGAAGAAGGUAGUGGCAGCUACUCGGGUCUUCCAGACGACGAUGAAGAAGGUAGUGGCAGCUACUCGGGUCUUCCAGACCAGGAAGGAAGUGGGAAUAGCGUAGGAGGAAAACUGGCAGACUUCGACCAAUUUAUGAUUGAAUGGAAUCGCCUGCUGAUUACAUACGGACUGGCGCCCCAUACUAGAGAAACGAAUGAAGAGCCGUGCACGCUUCCUUAUGUAGAUGUUGCUUACAAAGUAUGCAUCCUCCCUGUCCUGGAUCGACAACUUUCAUGGCAUGAUGCUCGUCAGUACUGCAGCGAGUCUGACCAGUUUCCAAAAUUUGUUACAAAGAUUAUGGUAUUCAAGAUGCAAAUAUGGUCGAUAUCACUUUCCUGUCUCAUGCAGUUCAAGAAAAAGGGAAUCAUUUGCUGUAAUUAUAGAUUCCCAAGCAGAGUCCAUAAGUAA